CCUGCGUGGCAUGCUGAUGGAUAAGUAUAAGACCCCCCUGCAACGAUGCGACCACGAACGAGUCAUUGCGUUGCCUUCACCUCCGCCAACAUGCAGCAUCUCACCUUGGUGGCCGUCCUCCUGGCAUCCUCCUGGAGCCUCUGCAGCGGUGCUGCUGACUGGUGUUAUCAGUCCCAGUUCACCUGCGCGCAAGAAUGCAAUGGGCCAGACAAGUGGAACCACGCAAACAGUGACUGCGCUGGAAAAUCCCAAUCCCCCAUCAACGUCGUCACCAGAAAGACCCUGAAAGACGAACGUCUGACUCCGUUUGAGUUCACAAACUACCAGCAGAGCUUUCGAGGCACCAUCAAGAAUAACGGGCACUCAGUUCAAGUUGGAGUUCCUCACGUCAGCACCAUCUCGGGAGGAGGACUGCCAAGCACCUACAAAGCCGUCCAGUUCCACCUGCAUUGGGGCAUCAACGGCGGGCCUGGUUCUGAACAUACCAUUGACGGGGAGCAGUACCCCAUGGAGCUGCAUAUAGUGCACAUGAAGCAUCACUACACGGAUCUGAUAACCGCACUGGCAGAUCCAGAAGGAGUCGCAGUUCUGGGUUUUUUCUAUGAGGUGUCCAACAGUGCAAACCGAAAGUAUGAUUCCUUCAUCAGUGCUCUGCGAGCCAUCAAAAACGCAAACGCCAAUACCUCCCUGCCUCCUACCUCCUUGGCGCAGCUGAUUCCACCUGAGCACAACCUGACCUCGUUUUACCGCUAUCGGGGAUCUCUGACCACACCGGGCUGCAUCGAGGCUGUGGUUUGGACCUUGUUCGAGAACUCCAUCCCAUUGAGCUUUGAACAGCUGCGGGCUUUUUCGGAGCUCAAGUUCCGCGACGGGAAACCAAUGGUGGGAACCUUCAGGCCAGUGCAGCCCCUGAAUGGCCGCCAGGUGUAUCGAUCUGGAGGUGCAGUGCUCUUGGUCAGCUCCAACCUCCUCAUAGCUGCCCUGGCUACGGCCUUGGGACUGUCCCGGCUCUAUUAAGAGCAAGGCGCCUCUGCUGCACUGCGACACUCAUGAACAUUAAACAUCAGUCUUAGUUUUGCGACACCAUCGCCACAUGGUCUACAAAAUGGUUACACACGUCGUAGUGCAUGCAUGACUCACCUAGGGGACCCACCCCCCCUUAUGACACGGAUGAUAAAGGUGUUAGGAGGACACCUUGGAGGUGUAUAAGGGUCAAUAUGCAUGCAUGCAUGCAUGCAUGCAGAGUGAAUCAGUAGGUCAUACGUCCGCCUUACGAAUGUGCCAUGGAGUACUCAGUGGCCAGUGCAGUCAGACCCCUGCCCUGAUAUUUCACAGCAUCAUCAAAACGACUCCCACAAACACAUCCUCAUGCACUUUGGUUCGGCCACCUUGAACAAUGUCAAGCCUAUUUAGUCUCUGCUCAUAUCAGUGUGAGUGGCUCCGAUCUUGUGAACGGGGCACGUGAUGCCUCGUUCUUUCUCAAUGGCACAUUAGAACUGAACAGCGCUAUUAAUAGCACAAGUGAGUCAGACAAACAAGCUCAGUGUCCGAGCCAGCGGUCAAAUCAGUAUGUGGCCGUUGUUCUUUCUUUUUUUUAACCUCAUCUCAAAGUCCAGGCAGGUGGAGCGACAGGCAGGUGUUGACAAUCUUCACUAUUUUUUGUGAUUCUGAGCCCAUGCUGGGGGAUCACGUCCCACAAUCUGAGGCCUACUGUGACACCUUAAAUGUUAUGAUGGGAAGAUGGAGGGACUGUCGGACGGGGAUAAAAGGAGCGACUCAUAGAAGCGGGCAGCAAAAUCAAAUUCAUUAUAUUCCUGCAUUGCCCACAGCCGAAAUUUCCGUGGGUCAGCACAUCUUCAUGAUUGCCGUUUGAGGAAGCACAAUUUAAAUUCAGACGCACACUCCUCAAGCGUCCCUCCUCUCAUUUCGGACUGUUACUGGGUCUGCUGCAUUGAGUGCUACUGACUGAAUUACACCCUACGGACUCCUCUGUGAUCAUCCUGCGGGGCCGCUUAUGCGUUCUGAUGGGAGAUGAGUGCCAUCUGCCAGCCACAUUUGUUGUGAUGACCAACGAAGCUGUAUAUAUUUUUUUCCAUAGUUUCGUGAUGCAUUAACUUAUAUUUCUAAGCCGUUCUAAUGCACAUGAUUCACAUGUAUUUUAUGCACUGAAUGUGUCUAUUGAUAUGAAAUGCAUUUUGGUAUUAUUUAUGUCUUGCAAACAGUCAUAUAUAUCGGGUCGUACGCGUUUGAGGAUGUGAACUUGUGAAACAUUUCAUUGGUGAUCUAAAGUAUUUGUUAAUGUUCAACAAUAAAUAUAUGCCUUUUUAAUGAA